GUCAUAUUUGCACUUCUUUGCAAAAUAACCUACUUCGAUCGGCCUCCUCUGUCAGUGGGUCUUGUAUAAUGCUGAAUAAGCACAACUGAUAUACUUGGUUUUGUCAUUCAGCCUGCGAUAUAUUACUGUAUAUGAGUGGCCAAUGAUUACAAAACGUAAGAUUGUUCUAGUACUGGCAGUCUGUUCAUUUGCGGUUUCGAGCCAGCCUCUACUAGGAGAAAGAGAACGUUGUCUUCACUUAUGUCGCCUCGCCCGAGAGAAAGACGGCUCCAAAGCACAAACAGCAAAUAUGCAGGUAAGUCAGUAGCUUUGUGUUAAUGUUUAAAAAUCUGUUCAAAGGGUAAACAUGUAGUAUAAAAAAUCAAUCACUAUAUAAUGGCGAUUAGUUUGCUUAAUGACCCGUUUUGCACAGCAACUCUCGAUAACGAUGCAAACGAAUACAUAGUUAUAAAACAAUGAUAGCAAAGUUACUUAUGUCAGAUCCCAGCAAAGUUUAAGAAAACGAGAUUUGUUAGUAGAUCAACACUCAGAGACGUCGUGCACUGCCAUUUCUGAACAAAAUUUUUUCUAUCCACUUCGGUCUAGUUUUAAUGUCAGUCUUCCGGUGGGAAUAUUGUUUAUGAACACGUUGUUUUAAACGAUAACGCAGUAGUAGUGCGAAUCAAACAUGAGAAAUCGAUAAGUUAAUAUCAAACGCACAGGCUGAUAAGAGCGAAGAAUCAGUAAGAAAAAAAUAUAAUGAUUUUUGUGAGAGCAUGCCUCAAUAUAUGAUAUUGAAAUUAUUAAUACAAAAUCGCCAGUUUCUUUUAUUCAUAUCAAGAUGAGAAUGAAGGAAAAAUGGUGACAAUGUUACAAAUGCGCCUUAGCAUAUUGGCGUGUGAAUCUGUUGACCCUAGCGGUAAACUCAUGAGCAAGGCAUGUUUGCUCGUUCAUUUCUCGCUACGGAUCAGCAAACUCAAAACUUUUUAGGGAAAAUUUCACAGUAAAGUCCUCAAGUAAUUUAUAUCAAUUUGCUAAAAGUUAUUUAGUCUCCCUACCACUAAAAGGAAAAAAAUUAAAGAAAUGGAAAAAUUAAACUCGCUUAGCUCACUGUUAUGCCCUAAGGGUGAAAAAUCAGGGAUAAAAGAAUUUUGAAUUUCUCGUCUCUUCAUGUUUGCGGUCUACCGCUGAGUCGGGCUUUUCUUUGACCGCCUGAAUGACUUGCUUUUGUAAUACAGUGACAAUUGUGACUUAUCCCCGCGUAAAGGAAUCCGGAUUCCUGAACUCGGGAAAUUUUUCCUUGAGGAAUCCUGGAUUCGGGAUCAGUUUUUACUCGUGGAAUUCGCAAUCCUCUCCCGGCUUUGGAAUUCGGAAUAUACAGCUCAAGGAAGCCAGAAUCCUUCUAACGAUUGGAAUUUAGAAUCCAACUUCCAGUGACAAAGACUAGAAUCCACUCUUUGGAAUCCGGAAUCCACGGUGCCGUGUGGAAUCCAGAAUACAAGACUGUCUUGGAUUCCCCUAAAUGGUGCAAUUUUGUAAACAUGACAAUUGUGACUUCCUGUAUUGAAUCAUAAAGCAAAUGAUAAAAAAGUCGAUUUACAUGUAAGUUGUCUUCCUUCGUUUUCCUUUUCUUGCUAAAAUGAGCUGCUUGCAAUUCAAGCCACUUUUUGAGUAUAUUGCGAUCUGUGUUUAAAAGGCAUAGUAUUUUUUUUAACCUUGUUAUGCUCGGACUGUAAUAGCUUUUUUCAAGAAUAAACCACAAAAAAGAAACGUUGUACGUCUGUUGGACGUUGGUUGGACGUCUUCAAGUGAAGCAUUGAAGGUGACAUCUGACAAUUUAAAAUGGGUCAGGAGCUUAAAAAAAGAGUUAUUACAUUUUCGUAAAAGCAUUGCUUCAUACGUUUUGCUACAUAUUCUUAGUUUAGUGCCAAGCGCACUCAAAUAACCGAGGAGACUUCAUCUCAGAUGAUCACGCGCCUUCAGAAACGUUCUGUACCGUAGCGUUGCUGCCAUUUUUGAUAGCAGGAAUUUCACUUUUCAUCUCAACCGUGCACCAUCUUUUAAGCAGUACUUUUUUUACAAUUAGAAACAUCUACGUGAAAGACAACGAAAACAGUUAUUACCAGAUUAAGCCUUAAAUAAGCUGAACACUCUUCAAAACUAAAUGUUUAAGGUAAUACAGGUAUUAAAGUUAACCAAACAGCAUGUGGCACCUAACCACACACAAAGUACACGUUUUUAAAAGAACUUUAUACGUGCCACUAAAAAAGAAAGAGUAAGAGGGAAAAAAAAACAUAAUCAUGUUUGGAAAGUUAAAGGUUAUUAAUUUAAUCAUAAAGUGACAAAAUUAACCGAAGGCUCAAAAGCUCCUUUUCAAAAACUAUCUUAAACUAAAUGAUUUUUUGCUUCGUAUGUUGACGUAUAUGUCCUAAAACAAAUUAUAAUCAAACGAGCAGGUCUCCAUGAUUGCGGUAAAAACCCAGGGUAAAAACCCGCUCAGUAGUAGUGGGGUAGUGGUAUUUACAAGUUCAAGGGCUCAAAAAGUUUGGCUGUUCUACGGCUGUCGGUUAUUUUUCCGUUAAGAAUAACAGGCAUUCAAAAAACGCAUUAGUAACAGAUUUAUAAGUUGAAAAUAAAUUUCCAUUGCUGCUAAACGCAGGUCUCAUCCUAUAAGUAGUAGGCCCGGUUCAAACGCCGCUCCACUCAUGUGCCGAACCUAACUGAUGAAUUAAGUGCGGCAAAAGAGCGGCGUCUGAAUCAAUUUGGUACGGCAGUUUUAGUUUGGUCCGGCAAAAGCGUCAAGUUCGACAGAGUCUGUCGAACUUAACUUAGGUUCGACACACGGUACGCCGUACGUCUGAAUCAGAUGUCGCGCCAGUGUCGCUCCAAAGUCGAACUUAUUCAGUUAGAUUCGGCACAUGAAAAGUACGGCGUCUGAACCAGGCCUAAACUUUUUUUUGACUUUCACGUAUGCUUUUAUAAGCAAAUUGAAACAAUCAGAUUUCUUUUAUGUUUGAAUGGCUGGGCCGGCACUCAGUAAAGUUAUACAGUAAAUACCCGCUUAUAUAAGACAACAAAUGGCGGAUUAAGAACAUCAGAGUGAAAUUUGGCCCAUAAAGCACCAUAUAAGGAUCAGUUCACCCUGAUAAAUAAAACGUGUUCUUAUAUAAUAAGGGAGAGGGUUUCGGAGUAAGAAAGCAAUGUAACUACGGUUGCUAACGCUGCUAAGCAAUUACAAAGCUAUAACCUUUAGGAUUUUAUGCUCCUCACCAGAGGAUCGUGUUAUGCUGCAGCUGGUUGAAGCCGGGAUAUAAAUGUCAAAUACAUUUAAUAAACUAUCUGAAUAGAAAAGAUCAACUAAUUUUUUUAAUUUUUUUUUACUCCCUGAUUUCUGAAACAAAGUUUAAGAACAUAUUAUUAAGAGCAUCUUCAGGUUGAUUUCUCACUAAGCACCCGAUGAAUAUAAAGUAGAUCAGCCUGAACCACGAAAUCAUGUGUUCUUAUAUGCGGGUGUUUACCCCCUGGGGUGUUCACAUGACACCGGGGCGACUUUCGCGCCGGCGUGAGUUCACUCCGGUUCCCUCCCGUGGCUAUGUUUUCGUGCCGUUGCGAGUUUCCCAAUGACAUGUAACACCCCCUUGUAAUAACUGCGGUUCCAUUGCUUAUUUUAAUAGUUUGGUUUUCUGCUCUUCAGGCAUCUAGUGGAAUUCUAUCAUGCCCUCAGUGUCUUGGUAGAAACAAAGGUAAGUUGCAACGCAUAUACGGAAUAAAUCGUCAACAUUUUUAUGAAAAAAAAAAAGUACCAUGACGAUGUUAGAAUCUUAUACGGCUGGCCUUAAACGAGGUAAAUCAUGGAGGCAGUGAGGAGGAACGGGGGGAAUGGGGAGCUAGUGAGCUAUACUUAUAUAGAAAUUAUACUUAAAUAUGAGAGGACAUUCCAAUGCUUUCUUUAAACAGAGAAAGAUGAUUUAACUGUGCCAGGCUCAAGUAAACAUCGAAAGCGAAAAUCCCUUUCCGAUCCACAGCCUACUUCAGGUAAAGCUCUAACUCUAGAUCUUACUACUACGGAAAAUGCAAGUCGUUUUGUACACUGUUUACAGUAUGCACUCCUAAAUUGUAUGAUAAAAGCACAAUGAUUGGAAAUUUUUUUAAAAAAGCAUUUUCCUUUUUCCAGGUAUCUUCUCGGUUGUAUUAAAUAACAAAGGAGAAGAAAAAAUUAGCAGCAACUCAUAUCUGAAACAUGCCUAUUUAGUUUAUGCAUUUUUGUAUAGAUUUAGUUACAGUUAUAAAUACGAACUUACAUGCAAACAUAUUUCAGAUUGCCCGUUGCCGUCAAAAGCACGAUUUGGGGAGUGGACGCCAUCAGAAGUAAAUGUAAGCUUUGGAAACUACGGAAACACCGACUAUUGGUACAUGAACUGCUCGUGGUCUCCUAUGAAUGGUAAGCAAAUCUAAUCAAGAAAAUCCGACACGACAGAACCUUGAGGUAAUUAAAAUAAGGGACUUGUCAGAAAUUAGCAGGGGGUGAGGGGGUGGAAACAGAGGGAGGGUCACAACUGUUUGAGACCCAGAAAAGGGAGGGGUCAUGAAAAGUGGGCCGUUAAAAAGGGGAUGGCCAUGCAAACAUAUGCCCUUGAUCAUGUAAGGUUCACUCACAGAAGAAAAAGGAAGUUCUUUGUUUGGUAAAAAAAAAAAAGAGCAACGGAACAUUAUGGAUAUAAACUGUGAAGUACUAUUGCAUCUACUUUUCAUUUAUAACAAUGCUAUAGAGUCUUAUUGCAAUUAUCAAUAAUGUUGUUGUUAAUGUUAUUAGAGUUUUGGCUAUCCUUUUCAUCACUGUCUUCAGCAUCAAUGCUGCUGUUAGCAUCUUGAUCAUCAUCAUUUAUGUGAUCAGCAUUUUAUUUUGUUUAUUUUAUCUUAUUUUAUUAGCUUCGCAUUGAUACAAUCACUUUCAUCAUCAUCAUGAUUUUAAUUUAAGUUAAAGCGUAGAUAUUGCUUGAUAAUGUCCUGUGAUUCAUUGGUGAACAACCCUUCUCAAAGGCAUUUUGGAUAUAUGGCCUUUGCGUUUUGAGGAGCCCACUUAUUCCUUCAUAAUGAAGAGAUAAUGGGCCAAUAGGCUCUGUAACAUCAUGCGACUCUUGCUGAGGUGCAAUGGUUUCAAUAACUCUUUUGCAGUUAGCUUCCAUUCUUGUUGCCAUAGGCUAGCUUUCUUUGCUUUAAUUUUUAAUUGUUUCCGUUUUUUACUUGUUGGCUUGGAAUACUGCACCUUAAAGAGCCUGGAACAUUUUUCUUUCAAUUCUGUAAGGUGGGGAGGGUCAUGAUAUUUUAGGUCAAGCUCAAGGGAAGGGUUAGUAAAUUUCACUCCCACUGCAGGGAUGGGUCACCUAAUUUCCGAACCCAAAUUUAAAAUUCCCCCCCCCCCCCCCCCCCUGUUAAUUUCUGACAAGUCCCCAACUCUCACUGGAAUUAGCUUGUCAGUGAGUCUUCAAUGCAGUGAUUGCAAGUGUCCUCCAGAAUUCAACACUUUCAAGUGUAAAUAGAGGCCAUAUAUCUCAGUUUGUUUGAUAUGUUCCUUACAUCUUGCAGAUUUUGGUGGUAAAUGGAAAAGGAUUUUGAUUCGCCUCGGGAUCGGAAAUAUCUCAGAAGGACCCGAUGGACGUCUUACAAUUCAUCAGGGAACUGACCUUAUAUGCUUC